AUGUCAAAGUUGGUUAGACGCGCUAUAAUCCCAGUUAUAACCCUACUAUUCAUCGUUUGCAUAACCAUACUAGAGAAAACGAAAACAAACACAACCUUGUAUGACAAAUCGAGUGAGAUAUUUGAUUCAAUAAGCCAUUUCACAUUUACCUCUCCUCAUGGAGUUAAACCAAGCCCGAAUGCCGAAACUCCCCCUUCUCACCAAGCAUCGGGUCAAUCGGACACAGAUAAGCAAAAUGCUGAACACGAAGAGCCAAAGGAAGAGGUUCCAGAUCCAUGCACUAUCAAGAACCCAUUGAAUCAAGGUUUCAUUGACUUGAGAGGGCUUUCAGCCAUGGGCAAUGAAAUGAAACCAUUACCUUGGAAAUCUCGUGGUUAUGAUUCAGGAAAGAAUUUCACCGUUGGUAUUUGCUCCAACCCGUUCAAGCAAUCCCACAACGAACUAAACGAGAUCCAAGAUAGCGUCAACUCAACUAUGAUUGGUGCUUACUACGUUGAUCCUGCAACAAAUAAAUAUGUUUCCAUGGGUGAAUACUCUUCACAUCCAAUUUUUAGAGGUCGUAAAUUGACACUAACUUACGAAAAUGGAUCGUAUUGUAAUGCGUACGAUCUGACUUCGGGGGCAAGGUUACGAAAAUCAACUAUUUUGACAUUUACCUGUGAUCGUGAAAUGUCAGCCAAAGCAUCGGUCUCAUAUGUUGGAAGCUCAAAUGAUUGCACUUUCUUUUUUGAGGUGAGAAGUCACCACGCUUGUCCUACUGCUGCGAAGGCAAACAAUAUGGCUGCCGCUUGGAUCUUUUUAUUCAUAUUCUUGGCUGCAUUGGCGGUUUAUUUCAGUGGUGGGUUACUAUACAAGCACAUGAAAGCCAGUCGGAAAGAGAAUAGGGUUGCAUCUAAAGCAUAA